AUGGCACAGCCUCAGUGCGAUGACCACGGACAGAUUCCUGCAUAUGCCAUUUUAUCACACACAUGGCUUGCGGACAACGACCAGGAGGUCACGUUUGAGGAUAUUGUAAAGCAGGCAUACCAAGGCAAAGAUGGCUACCAGAAGAUCGAUUUCUCGUUCAAGCAGGCAGCCCGCCAUGGCUUGCGUUACUGUUGGAUCGACACGUGUUGUAUCGAUAAGAGCAGUAGCCAAGAGCUGUCUGAGGCACUCAACUCGAUGUUUCGGUGGUACAGGAAUGCUGCGCGAUGCUACGUAUAUCUGUCCGACGUCUGUAAAGAUGACUCGGACCAUGCAAAUGUCGUCUCGGAGACAUGGUGGCGGGAGCCCUUUAAGAAAAGUCGAUGGUUCUCGCGAGGCUGGACCUUACAAGAACUCUUGGCUCCUACGACACUCGAAUUCUACUCGAAAGAAGGCUCGCUACUAGGAACUAAAUCUUCACUGGAGCGCGAAGUCAAUGCGCGAACGGGAAUCCAGCUUUCAGCCCUCCGAGGCACGACACCUCUAAACCAAUUUUCCGUAACGGAACGACGAUCCUGGGCAGAGCACCGAGAAACUAAACGGCCAGAGGAUUCUGCAUACUGUCUGAUGGGUAUUUUUGAUGUUUCUAUGUAUCCUCUUUACUCGGAAGGAAGGGAUCGAGCUUUCUUACGCCUAGAGGAAGAGAUUGAUAAAGCUUCGCAACGAGAGAAAGAACCUGGAUCACGAAAACAUACAAACGACGACGACCAUGAAGUUCCCGUUCGUAAGCGACUCAAAGUUGAAACUCAUCUGCGCCUUGAUCAUGACCAAGUUGCGAAAAUUAUGGAGUCAUUAAAGUAUGAUCAGAUUGAAGCUCGACAAUUGAACAUCAAGGCUCCGCACUCUAAAACGUGUAAAUGGAUCGUUGAUAAGACUGAAUUUGUUUCCUGGCAAGACUUCACAAAGCCAUGUGGGAUCCUAUGGAUCAAAGGCAAACCGGGUUCCGGAAAAUCGACUCUCAUGAAAUAUUUGCUUGUCUAUGCGCGGAGACACAUCAAAGUGGCUGCUUUAUUGUCAUUCUUCUUCAAUGCCCGCGGCAGUGAUCUCGAGAAAAGUACGAACGGAGCUUAUCGAACACUGCUGGUCCAACUUCUUGAUAAGAUUCCUACACUUCAAUCUAUAUUCGACAGUCUUGGUCCUCUGGCGGGAAGUAUUGAGACCAGCCAUCAUUGGACUACAGAAGUAUUGAAAAAUCUCUUAAUCGAAGCUGUUCAAAGCUUACAAGGCUCGACCAUCGUCUGUCUAGUUGACGCCCUCGACGAGUGCGACGUGGAUGACGUAAGAGACAUGGUGUCCUUUUUCGAAGAGCUAUGUGAAUACGCGAGGUCUGCAAACGGGGAAUUACGUAUCUGCUUUGCAAGUCGGCAUUACCCUCAUAUCACGAUUGAUACGGCUAUCAAUCUCAUUUUUGAAGGGCAAGAGGGGCAUCAAGAAGACAUUGAGAGAUAUUUGAAGAGUAAACUUAGAAUACAUGACGCUGAUGUAGCAGAAAAAGCGCGCGCGUUGCUGCUGGAAAGAGCUUCAGGUAUCUUCAUGUGGAUCGUCCUAGUAGUAGAUAUGCUCAACAAAGACUACGACCGAGGCCGUGAAGCAGAAAUCGAACAACGAAUCAGCAACACUCCAAAAGAUCUCCACGGACUAUUCCACGAUAUGCUGACACGUGACGAACAUGGUAAAGGGUACUUACUUCUCUGCCUACAGUGGGUGUUGUUUUCGAAACGGCCUCUCAAACUAGCUGAGCUUUACUUCGCGAUACAAUCGACCACUAGUCAAUUCAACGCAAGUUUGCGUAAAGCUUCCGACACUACAAUGGAGCGGUUCAUCUUAGACGUUUCGAAAGGCUUGGUUGAGCUCACGAAAACAAAGUCUCCAGUAGUCCAAUUCAUCCAUGAGUCAGUCCGAGACUACCUUUUAAAGACCCAGGCUCUGAAGCUUCACAGAAUGGUACACUCCGAAUGUGAGCAUGCUCUACAUCUUUGCCGAUCAAUACCUGAUGUACACCGGAGAGCGAUAUGGGCCUCCCUUGUUCGCAGGCAUGGUGAAUAA